AUGGAGAGCUCUGUGAUGAAAAAUCUUGGCAAAGACUCUUCUGCGUAUUUUGCAACGUUUGGAUUUGUUGUUGCUUCAUAUGUAGCAUUGAAAGUCGCUUUUAAUAUAAUCAAAAUCUUGAAAUUUCUUGUUUUUGCUGGUUCAACAAAUUUCAAAAAACUAGGAUCAUGGGCAGUUGUCACAGGUUCCUCAGAUGGUAUUGGAAAAGCUUAUGCAAAAGAGCUAGCUAAAAGGGGAGUAAAUAUUGUUUUAAUAAGUCGCUCAGAAGCAAAACUACAGGAGGUUGCCAAUGAAAUAGAAAAAGAGAGCAAAGUUCAAACUAGAAUUGUUGUGGCUGACUUUAGUAAAGGUCUGGAGUUGUAUGAUUCCAUCAGGGACCAGUUAGCCGGCCUGGAGAUUGGAACACUGGUUAACAAUGUAGGGAUGAAUUAUCCAUUUCCAAGCUACUUUUUGGAUGUAGCUGAUAGAGAAGAGUUUUUUAUGAAAUUGAUCAACGUAAAUGUAACAUCUGUAACCAUGAUGACCAGCAUUGUGAUGCCUGCAAUGGUGGAGAGGAAAAAAGGCGCAGUCAUCAACAUCUCCUCCGCUGGAGGACUGCACCCUUUCCCUCUGAUAACUGUGUACUCCGCCUCUAAGGCUUAUGUGACAUUUUUCUCCCGGUGUAUACAAUCUGAAUAUAAAUCGAAGGGAAUUAUUUGUCAGUGUGUAAUGCCAUAUACUGUUGUAACAAAUAUGACCAUGCCAUUUCUUGUUACAACAAAGAGGUCCGAGAAAGGGAAACCUUCCUUACUUAAACCAAGUCCUACCACCUAUGCGAAAGCUGCCCUGGAUUCCGUUGGGGUAUCAGAUUUUACCCAUGGCUACUGGGCACAUAAUGUUCAGGGCACAGUAAUUGGCAUGUUACCGGAAGGAUACAUAAAAAUGAUGACGAUGAGCCUGGGGGAAAAAAUCAGAAAAAUAAAUUUAGAAAAGAUGUCUAAGAAAAAGGAAUAAUGUUGAUCAAGUCAACUUGGAUGCAAAUAAGCUUAGUUUUGUGUGACGAUUUCAGAAAGCUUCAUUCAAUCGUUAAAAUCAAUGCUUAAAGACAGUAUUAAUUUCGAAGAAUAUACACAUAUUGAAUAUUCAUCAAUGCAUAAUUAAUAUACACUCAAAACGAUAAGUAAUGGGUCAGUUAGAGAGAAAAUGGUUUUUUAACAUUUUGUAAAUUUGUAUGAAAAAAGGUAUUUUAAGUUGUUUUUUUUAAUCCCUCAACGUAUUCCCUGUUAACCCUUAUACAUGACUUGAGGUCUCUGUACCACGACCGCAACACCUAAGCAUACUCUUGUUUGCGGUAGCUCAAAAGACACUGAUGGAUAGCACUCCCCAGGACAGAUCUAAAUUUGUUGCGUCUUCCUUUAAUGGUUUUCCUGUUGUUGUUGUUGUUGUUUUUUUUGUUUUUUUAAUAAAAAUGUGUCACAAUGACGGAGAUCUACCGAAAUACAGGGGAUGCCUGAGCUCUAUAAACGUUCCUUUCUUCAGAAUUUCCUUUACUUCUCUAUGUUUAUUUGCAGCAGACUUGUCAGGUACAAGAAAGUCAUCCUGGGGAUCGUUAUUUGGACUUUCAUUACAGAAAACCUGCUCAACAUUCUCCUCUACAUACUCCUCAGUACAAAUUAUAACAUAAAAGCUACCAUCAAUGGUUCUUCUUUUGGGUAUACAGACGUGUGCCAUAAUUCAACGGCAAAAAUCCAAAUGUAAACAAUAAACAUAAAAUAAGUAAAAAAAAAUAACUUACCUAUGUUUAAUAUUUUGUCAUUUCACCUUUGACCCUCAAAACUUUCCUCAUGCGUCUCGGCAGGGAAUCAUAUAUCCCCUGUAAGUAUUUCCAUAGGGAGAUUUUGUCAUAUGUCUACGAUAGCCCUGGAAAGUUCAUCGGGGGUAGUGAUAUUUUCCACACAAUGUUGCAAUCUCUGUUUAAGUUUUAGCCACUCAUUCUCAAUAAUAUUUAAAUCAGGUGACUGUGCAGGCCAGCUGAUACAAUUAAUAUUGUUCCUUGCUUUGUAAUUUUCGACAUCUUGGGCUCGGUGGAUCGGGGCAUUAUCGUCUUGAAAUAAAAAGUUUUGGUUCGGAAAAUGUGUAGCUAUAACGGGCCACAAGUUGUCCUCAAGGAUAUCUAUAUACUUGUGUCUAUUCACAGUUCCAUUUAUGGCUGUAAUUGUACCACACCGUAAUAUGUUAUACAUCCCCAAAUCAUAACCGAGA